AUGGCCUCUUCGAGCCUCUCUCCUCUUGAUUCGGCGAAGCGCGCUGCCGCUUUCGCCGCUGUGGACACACAUGUGAAGCCGAACAUGCGCCACAUCGGCAUUGGGUCCGGCUCGACGGUCGUGUACGCCGUGGAGCGCAUCGUGGCGCAGGGCUCGGAGUUGAACAAGUCCCGUCUGUUCGUGCCGACGAGUCUGCAGGCUAAGACGCUGAUCAUCGAGGGCGGUACGUGCGCGGCGCUCACAGCAGGACUCCACCUGGCCGAUGUGGAUACGUGCCCGGAGCUAGACAUUGUGAUCGAUGGCGCGGAUGAUGUCGACCUCGCGCUGAACCUGAUCAAGGGAGGUGGUGCAUGCCAUCUGCAGGAGAAGGUCAUUGCCGAGAGCAGCAAGGAAAUGGUCGUCGUGGCGGACUACCGCAAGAUGUCCAAGGUCCUGGGCGAUGGCUGGACGAAGGGUGUGCCGAUCGAAGUCGCGCCAUUUGCCGCGCAGAAGGCGCUCACACGCAUCCGCCAGCUCGGUAGCACGGAUGCCCACAUCCGUAUGGGCAUCGCCAAGGCCGGGCCCGUCGUCACUGACAACGGCAACCUGUGCAUCGACGCCGUGUUCCCCCAGGCGGUGAUGCGUAACCCCGACCACCUGCUGCGCCAGCUGAAGCUGAUCACCGGUGUUGUAGAAGUCGGCCUCUUCAAUGGCUUGUGCCAAGUGGGCUACUUUGGUAUGGCCGACGGCACCGUGACGAAGCAGACGCGCGACGGGACCUACGAGACCAUAGGCUCGAAAUAG